CCCACGGGUUCAUUCCUUCAUGUUUACGGUACAAAACCUAAAGUCUCCCCUCUAUAAAUCACACGCAAACAGAGAGAUUCAAGAAACAAUCAUGGGUUCUGAUCUGAAGAAGGAGUCCAUUUCAGAACUGAGGCUUCCCCUGUUUUCAGUUUCGCAUACUCUUGUGCGAAUGCAGACGCCAGAGAGAGCAGGGGCGUCCACCCCACCUUCCGCCUCCGUCCCAUUUCGCUGGGAAGAGGAGCCGGGGAAGCCCAAGCCAUGCACCGCGCUUUCCACGUUCUCGAUUCGGGAGGAUUCUGCCCAGAAAUGCCUUGAACUGCCUCCAAGGUUGCUGGUGGAAUCAAAACAGUAUUCCUCGCCUACCACCGUCUUGGAAGGUCCGUACAUCGGUCGUACGUCCAGGUUUCAGUCUCUCAGAAUGGGCAAACACUCCUCGCCCGCCACCGAUCUCUUGGAAGGCUCGUUCAUUGGCCGGUCGUCGAGGUUUCAGUCUAAUUCGUUCAGAAUGGGAGGCGAUUGCUACGGUUCUUUUCGUUCCACCGGUAACUCCAGCCCGGAGGCGGUGGUUCCUUAUGGAGCGGUGGUUGUUAGCAAGAAAGGGCAGCGGAGAGACAGAGGGAUUCUUGGGUUCUGGAGGAAAAGAGCCUUGAAGGGUGAAAGAGGUGUUGUUAGGGGUAGUUACGUGUUUCCGUCUUCCGUGGAUAGAGAAAGUGAUUCCGGCCGUGAAAGGGAAGACAUCGGCCGCAGCACCACCGUGAAGAUCACCAGGGUUAGAAGAAUUAGGAGUUCUCCUAAUCUAUCCCAUGCCAAGUCACAUUUCUGGGCUGGUAUAUAUGAAGGAUUGAAACAGGCAGUUCCAUGGAGUAAAGGGAAAGGGGUGAAGAAGGAAGGGUCAGUGAGCUGAACUGUACCCCAUUAUUGCCAUCUGUCGUCUGACACUGGCACUGGUACUUUUUUAGAUGCAUCCAAAUUAUGUGGUGUUUCCUAUGCCUUUCUUCUCUCUCUUCUUAUGCAAUUCAUAAAAAUGAUGUAUGGAAUUUAGGGUAUACAUAUGAUUUCUCCCAUUGAUGUGGGCCUGUUCUGUGCAAGCGGAUUUUGGAUAGACUUAUAUGCUUUUAGCAUGUAAAUUUAUGUUGAAGUUUCUGCAUGUAGUACCAACAAUAAAUGUAGCCGCAAGUGGCAGUGCCAGUGGCACCAUGUAGAACUCCAACUUUUGGGGGUUAAGGGAUUCGGCCAGACAAGUAUGGCAAUUG